AUGACUCCGUUUCCAGUUUUGUACAAGUUCCUGCAUUUUUUGCGGAUAAUAUUUCACUACUCAGGACUCUUAAGGAUCUACUACGAUAAGCCCAAACAACGCUACUAUCAUCAGAGAAGCUUCUGUCAGUAUAUGCCGAUUGUAUUACUCGUCCUCAUCAGUAUUAUGCACUUGGUCUGGCGCUGCAGAGUGGAAAUCCAAAAUGAACUCUUUAACUCAUUGGUGCCGGGCUCGCGACCUCCAAGAGAUAACUUUGAAUUAUUUCGCCAAUUCUUCUCCGACAUCGUCUUUAUUAUAACAUUCAUCGGUGCCUGUAUAUGGCAAGAUAAGCUCUGGUGUAUCGUCAAUGAAGCUCAGCUGGCCUACAAGAAACUUCGACCGUAUCUGGGUAAUAAAUGGCAGUGUUCGUUCCUAUUGUUAGCACUCUGUCUGCUGCUCAUCGGCCUUCUGGUAGUGAUGUGUGCUUACGGUAUUUGGAUGGACUGGCCCCACUGGGCAGACGACGGUGGUGCGCCAAAAGUUUUAAAUUUCCUCAUGCUGUUUGUUCAUUUGAUUUUCGCCACAAUCAUGGCCCUACAUGCCAUUUACCAUUUGAUGAGUGCGGCGCUUCUCCAAACUAUCAACAAUCGCAUACGCCGGCUAAAGCAACCGGACAAACAACUGAAGGUUAUUGGACAUGUGCUGAUUGCUCAGCCACUGCUCAAGAAGGCCAACGAAUACGCUGGGCGAUGCUGGUCCUUUGUAGUGCUGUGCAGCACCUACGAUGUCAACGAUUUGAUUCAGCAGCAAAAGAGCGAAGACGACCGCAUUGAUGAGGCCGAUUGGAAUGGUCAGGAUCCUGAAGCUGGACAUGCUGAAUUGUUGCAUCAUGCCGCUCUGAUUCUGGCCUGGCAUCUGGCUAUGAUGUUGGUGCUUCUUUGUGGAGCACAUACGCAUCAAAAGGAACACCAAAAGCUCAUUGAUAGUAUUUGGGAAGUCCAUGAAUAUGUGGGUGAUGAAUCUCUUUGUUUCUAUUUCACCCACCGUGAAUAG